CCGAAUCAGUAGGCGACAACCAAUGAUACGAACGCUUAGAAUUCGAAUACAAGAGGUUAAUAACCGAUUAAGAAAUGGUUCAUUAGUGUUGCGUGAAAUAUUUGCUGAACAAAUGCUGAUGAAGAUGUAAACUAAUAGUUUCAGGACUCACUCUGAACAUUUCUGCGAGUUUCUUUCACAUUGUCUUGGGAUUUGCGUCCACAACCUGUCAAAGAUCCUCGUUGUUCAUGAUAUUUGGUCUUCCUGAGCGCG